AUGCAGCAUUUGGAAGCCAAGCAAUUGAGGCUUAUGAGCCAAAAGUGAAAGACCGGAAAAGUUGCUGCAGUGAUCAAGUUCAUUUCGUCAGUGGCACUCACUGCCAAUUCAAAGAUGACAGCAGCAAAAUCUUACCAUUGAUGCAGUGUGGUUGUGAAGAUCAACACAGGCAUUUGCCUGAAAUUCUGAAGUUGCCGGCAUCUAUAUCUCUCAGAGACUUUGGUCCCAGUCUAUCAGAGUCAGACCAAGCUGAGACUGACUUCAGUGAGCUUUGUAAUGAGUUAAGCUACACACUACAACUUGGAGGAACAGAUUCAGCUAAAACCAUCGGUAAGAGAAUAUCUGACCCUAGCCAGCUAGCAUUGUCACCAGAGGACCAUCAAGCAACUCUGGCCUUGACUGAAGAUGAAAAUGAUGUAGCUCAAAAAAGCAGGCUCUCUCAGAAGUCCAAUGAGGUCAAGUUAAGCACGGAAGGAAGCACAAAACCCCAAGCAUGCAGUUAUAGAUAUCCAGAAGACAUGCCCUUCAUCGAUGAUAAGGAUGGUUGCCAGGCAACCGAUUCUGUUAUUGCCACAGCCAAGUGCAGCUCGAUGAAACCAAUCAAAAUGAAGGUCACAAAGACCAUUUUGACACCCAGUGACUCAUUUCCGAUGGUUUGUGACUCAACUGGUAGGUACUAUAAUUCCAGUUUUAUUACUCCAGACAGUGAACAUUUCAUAGUCAGAGAAAAUACAUCUUACACUUCUACGUCAAAGAUGAUCUCAUCCAGACAUUUUUUGCCCAUCCCCGAUCUCACACAACAGUUUAGCCCUUUGACCCCUGAUUCAGAUUCUUCAGAGAAUCCAUUUUAUUCAUUAGAUUCAUGGAUGUUUAAUGACUCCAUAACUAGACUGUCAUCUCCUGAAUCUGUCAUGUCAAUUACUGAUUAUAGGGCAAUGUCACCUGACUCUCCUACUUGGACAAAAGACUUUCCCGGUUGGAGACAUAGACUGUCUCCAAGGUCUGAUGCAUGGAGCUCACCAGAAGUUACAACUGAUUGCAACGAAAGUAAAUCACAGCCCCAUCAGUCACACAAAGAGGAACGUUACACACAAUUUGUUACAAAAGAUGAACCCACUACCCUUGAUUCGUUGGUUAAGAAUAGGCCAUUGUCCACUAAGUCCCACAUACAUGAAUAUAAUGAAAAUAUACCUAAAGUCAGAGCAACCUCACCUGGGACAUCAGAAAUUGAGUGUGAUGAAUUUUUGCUAGAAGAUAUUUCUCCUGAUUCAAGAGCCUCUUCACCUGACUCAACUACCUCUAUUCAUGAGUACGGAUCUUCUGAUAGGGAAUGUCGACCAUCGUCACGAGAAUCUCAGAGUUCCCUGUGUAGUUUUUCAUUUCUUGAACUUGUGCUGUCAGAACCUAUUCGUGCUCAACUUACAAGUCAAUAUUGUGAUUAUUAUUUGCAAUAUUCAGAAGGAAAUCUCCCCUCACCACUAAUGACAUCAUCUCCUCACGAUGCAGUCUGCAGUAACAAAGUGAGUCAGGGUAGGCCCUUCACAGCUAAAUUUCUAACUUCAAAUCAAAAUCCUCCUGUGUCUCAAGAAUCUCUUGCAACAAAAGCUUAUCUCCCAUCACAUGUGUUGGUCUCACCAAACAAGGAUAUAAAAAGUGAUUACUGGCAAUAUUCUGGGCAUGCUCUUUCAUCACCAUGCCAAAGAGGCAUAAACCCAAUAGAUAAAGAAAGGGAACCCUUGCAAACAAAAGCUUUUUCAGCUGAACCAUAUCUUACACAUGUCAAAAGUAUCCAAAGUGAACAUUCAGAAGGUUCAAAUAGUCAAAUAGUACAGACACUGUCAUCUGAACCCCCAAGAGCAGAAGAGGGGAUCAGUAAUCCUUUUCUUGAUUACUGGUUUUCCCAAUUAAAACCACAAUCUUCUGAUUACACGUCAUCACCAAGUCAGUCAAAUAAUGAUUUAACAAACAAUAACUUCCAAGAGUCCACAAGUUUGGAUUGUAAGAAAGAAUGUCCAAAACUAAAAAAAAUUACCAAAUAUGAAAGACAAUCUCCUGAACUUUGCCAUAUGCUGAAAAAAGAAUCAUCACCCGAACCGAUCAUCUUUACCUUGGCAGAAAGACCGAAAUAUAUUCUGAAGUUUGCAAAUGAAGGAACACCAAUAUCACAUUUUAAAACAACCUACCUUGAAAAGGCAAAAACCAACUGCAAUUAUACACAACUUGAAGAUGACAUUAACAAAUUAAGACUCACAUUAGACCCUCCAACCCGGUUCACGGGACCAUUUUAUAAUGAUGUAUGUCUUGAAAACACUUUGGAUAAAAUAAAACAGGCUAGUGCAAUGGAGCAAUUAUUAACUAGUUUUGGAACGUCCUCCCAAGAAUCUGUUGAGUCAAUUGACCAGCAUUUUCUGUCUCCUGAGAUUACAUUUGGCCAGGUAGAGGGUCAACAAUGUGACUAUUACUUGGCAUAUUCUGAAUUGCGACCAGUGUCACCACUUUCAACAUUGUCAUAUGUUGAAUAUUCAAAAUUUUCUGUCAAGGAAUCAUUUAACAACAACACACAAGAUUCGCCAGAUGAACUCACUUUACAAGCUGACACUAAAAGCUCAAAUGUAGCUGGGACUGCUUCCCGACCACUGUCUAUUGGAGAACCUCUUACAUAUGCAGACGUUGUGCGGGGCUACCCAGGCAAAAAACAAGAUAAUGCUUUAAGAAAACUCAAAUCAUCAGUGGUGAGACCCUUUAACCUUCCCUUGUUAACUUCAGAUGAAGAGUUCAAACUCUCCUACAGAGACAAAUUCAUAGAUGAGUUUAGACCACAGUCUCCAGAGUCCGUGUUAUCUCAAAGUGAACUUAGGCCCCUCUCUCCUGACUCGGCUGUUCCUCAGUUCAGAUCUCCAUAUUUUAGUUAUGAUGUAGAUAUGUUGAGGCACAGGUCGUAUACACCAGAUUCAAUACUUUCAGACUGGGAUGAUACUGGUUUGUGUCUGGAAGCCCUGUUUGACGAGACCAGACCAGAGUCACCACAGUCAGUCUUAUCAGACUAUGAAAUCAAUAGGUUAUUUAACAGCAGGGCGUUGUCCCCAGAGUCUGUGUCUUCUGAUUUUGACCUUUCACUCUUGCAGAACUGGUUAUCAGACUUUAGAGCAUCCUCACCAGAAUCUGUAGCUUCAACUCAAGAGCAUUGUUUGUCUCCGGGAAUUAGAUUUCCACAAAUGAAUAAUAAACAUUGUAACUAUUACUUAGAGUACUCUGAAGACAGACCAAUGUCCCCUCUUUCAACAUUGUCAGAUGUUGAGUACUCCAAGUUCUGUCUUGAGGAAUUGUUUGACGACAGCAGAGCAGGUUCCCCGGAUUCGUUGACUUUAGGGACUCCACCCAAUAUUACAAACAAAGCUGUGACCUCUUUGCCACUGUCAGCUGAAAGAUAUCUUACAUAUGCAGACAUUGUGCGGGGCAAAGCACAACAAAACCAAGCUCAUGAUAUGUGCCACAGCAAAUCCUCAGGAGUGACACCCUCUCACCUUCCCUCAUUACCGUCAGACGACGAGUUCUACAUAGACCAGUGCAUUGAUGAAUUUAGACCACAGUCUCCAGAGUCAAUUGUAUCUCAAAGUGAACUUAGGCCCCUCUCUCCUGACUCGCCUGUUCCUCAGUUCAGAUGUCCUUAUUACAAUAGCAAUAUUGAACUGUUGAGGCACAGGUCGUAUACACCAGAGUCAAUACAUUCAGACUGGGAUGAUACUGGUUUGUGUCUGGAAGCCCUGUUUGACGAGACAAGACCAGAGUCACCACAGUCAGUUUUAUCAGACUUUGAAAUUGAUAGGUUAUUUAAAAGCAGGGCGUUGUCCCCAGAGUCUGUGUCUUCUGAUUUUGACUUUUCACUCUUGCAGAACUGGUUAUCAGACUUUAGAGCAUCCUCACCAGAAUCUGUAGUUUCAACUGAAGAGCAUUGUUUGUCUCAGAGAAUUCAAUUUCCACAAAUGAAUAAUCAACAUUGUCACUAUUACUUAGAGUACACUGAAGACAGACCAAUGUCCCCUCUUUCAACAUUGUCAGAUGUUGAGUACUCCACGUUCUGUCUUGAGGAAUUGAUUGACGACAACAGAGCAGAUUCCCCGGAUUCGUUGACUUUAGGGACUCAACCCAAUAUUACAAACAAAGCUGUGACCUCUCUGCCACUGUCUGCUGGAAGAUAUCUUACUUAUGCAGACAUUGUGCGGGGCAAUACACAAAAUAACCAAGCUCAUGAUUUGUGCCACAUCAAAUCCUCAAGAGUGAGACCCUCUUACCUUGCCUCAUUACCGUCAGACGAAGAGUUCUACAUAGACCAUUGCAGUGAUGAGUUUAGACCACAGUCUCCAGAGUCAGUUGUAUCUCAAAGUGAACUUAGGCCCCUCUCUCCUGACUCGCCUGUUCCUCAGUUCAGAUGUCCUUAUUACAAUAGCAAUAUUGAACUAUUGAGGCACAGGUCGUAUACACCGGAAUCAAUACAUUCAGACUGGGAUGAUACUGGUUUGUGUCUGGAAGCCCUGUUUGACAAGACCAGACCAGAGUCACCACAAUCAGUUUUAUCAGACUUUGUAAUUGAUAGGUUAUUUAGCAGCAGGGCGUUGUCCCCAGAGUCUGUGUCUUCUGAUUUUGACUUUUCACUCUUGCAGAGCUGGUUAUCAGACUUUAGAGCAUCCUCACCAGAAUCUGUUGCUUCAACUGAAGAGCAAUGUUUUUCUCUGGAAAUUAAAUUUGCACCAAUGAAUAAUCAACAUUGUAACUAUUACUUAGAGUACACUGAAGACAAACCAGGGUCCCCUCUUUCAACAUUGUCAGAUGUUGAGUACUCCACGUUCUGUCUUGAGGAAUUGUUUGACGACAACAGAGCAGAUUCCCCGGAUUCGUUGACUUUAGGGACUCAACCCAAUAUUACAAACAAAGCUGUGACCUCUCUGCCACUGUCUGCUGGAAGAUAUCUUAAAUAUGCAGACAUUGUGCGGGGCAAUACACAAAAUAACCAAGCUCAUGAUUUGUGCCACAUCAAAUCCUCAAGAGUGAGACCCUCUUACCUUGCCUCAUUACCGUCAGACGAAGAGUUCUACAUAGACCAUUGCAUUGAUGAGUUUAGACCACAGUCUCCAGAGUCAGUUGUAUCUCAAAGUGAACUUAGGCCCCUCUCUCCUGACUCGCCUGUUCCUGAGUUCAGAUGUCCUUUAUUCAGUUAUGAUCAGCAACUUUUGAGGCACAGGUCAUAUACACCAGAGUCAAUACAUUCAGAUUGGGAUGAUACUGGUUUGUGUCUGGAAGCCCUGUUUGACGAGACAAGACCAGAGUCACCACAAUCAGUUUUAUCAGAUUUUGAAAUUGAUAGGUUAUUUAGCAGCAGGGCAUUUUCCCCAGAGUCUGUUUCUUCUGAUUUUGACUUUUCACUCUUGCAGAGCUGGUUAUCAGACUUUAGAGCAUCCUCACCAGAAUCUGUAGCUUCAACUGAAGAGCAUUGUUUGUCUCCGGGAAUUAGAUUUCCACAAAUGAAUAAUAAACAUUGUAACUAUUACUUAGAGUACUCUGAAGACAGACCAAUGUCCCCUCUUUCAACAUUGUCAGAUGUUGAGUACUCCAAGUUCUGUCUUGAGGAAUUGUUUGACGACAGCAGAGCAGGUUCCCCGGAUUCGUUGACUUUAGGGACUCCACCCAAUAUUACAAACAAAGCUGUGACCUCUUUGCCACUGUCAGCUGGAAGAUAUCUUACAUAUGCAGACAUUGUGCGGGGCAAAGCACAAAAAAACCAAGCUCAUGAUAUGUGCCACAGCAAAUCCUCAGGAGUGAGACCCUCUCACCUUCCCUCAUUACCGUCAGACGACGAGUUCUACAUAGACCAUUGCAUUGAUGAGUUUAGACCACAGUCUCCAGAGUCAGUUGUAUCUCAAAGUGAACUUAGGCCCCUCUCUCCUGACUCGCCUGUUCCUCAGUUCAGAUGUCCUUAUUACAAUAGCAAUAUUGAACUAUUGAGGCACAGGUCGUAUACACCGGAAUCAAUACAUUCAGACUGGGAUGAUACUGGUUUGUGUCUGGAAGCCCUGUUUGACGAGACCAGACCAGAGUCACCACAAUCAGUUUUAUCAGACUUUGUAAUUGAUAGGUUAUUUAGCAGCAGGGCGUUGUCCCCAGAGUCUGUGUCUUCUGAUUUUGACUUCUCACUCUUGCAGAGCUGGUUAUCAGACUUUAGAACAUCCUCACCAGAAUCUGUUGCUUCAGCUGAAGAGCAAUGUUUUUCUCUGGAAAUUAAAUUUGCACCAAUGAAUAAUCAACAUUGUCACCAUUACUUAGAGUACACUGAAGACAGACCAAUGUCCCCUCUUUCAACAUUGUCAGAUGUUGAGUACUCCACGUUCUGUCUUGAGGAAUUGAUUGACGACAACAGAGCAGAUUCCCCGGAUUCGUUGACUUUAGGGACUCAACCCAAUAUUACAAACAAAGCUGUGACCUCUCUGCCACUGUCUGCUGGAAGAUAUCUUAAAUAUGCAGACAUUGUGCGGGGCAAUACACAAAAUAACCAAGCUCAUGAUUUGUGCCACAUCAAAUCCUCAAGAGUGAGACCCUCUUACCUUGCCUCAUUACCGUCAGACGAAGAGUUCUACAUAGACCAUUGCAUUGAUGAGUUUAGACCACAGUCUCCAGAGUCAGUUGUAUCUCAAAGUGAACUUAGGCCCCUCUCUCCUGACUCGCCUGUUCCUGAGUUCAGAUGUCCUUUAUUCAGUUAUGAUCAGCAACUUUUGAGGCACAGGUCAUAUACACCAGAGUCAAUACAUUCAGAUUGGGAUGAUACUGGUUUGUGUCUGGAAGCCCUGUUUGACGAGACAAGACCAGAGUCACCACAAUCAGUUUUAUCAGACUUUGAAAUUGAUAGGUUAUUUAGCAGCAGGGCAUUUUCCCCAGAGUCUGUUUCUUCUGAUUUUGACUUUUCACUCUUGCAGAGCUGGUUAUCAGACUUUAGAGCAUCCUCACCAGAAUCUGUAGCUUCAACUGAAGAAAAUUGUUUGUCUCCGGGAAUUAGAUUUCCACAAAUGAAUAAUAAACAUUGUAACUAUUACUUAGAGUACUCUGAAGACAGACCAAUGUCCCCUCUUUCAACAUUGUCAGAUGUUGAGUACUCCAAGUUCUGUCUUGAGGAAUUGUUUGACGACAGCAGAGCAGGUUCCCCGGAUUCGUUGACUUUAGGGACUCCACCCAAUAUUACAAACAAAGCUGUGACCUCUUUGCCACUGUCAGCUGGAAGAUAUCUUACAUAUGCAGACAUUGUGCGGGGCAAAGCACAAAAAAACCAAGCUCAUGAUAUGUGCCACAGCAAAUCCUCAGGAGUGAGACCCUCUCACCUUCCCUCAUUACCGUCAGACGACGAGUUCUACAUAGACCAUUGCAUUGAUGAGUUUAGACCACAGUCUCCAGAGUCAGUUGUAUCUCAAAGUGAACUUAGGCCCCUCUCUCCUGACUCGCCUGUUCCUCAGUUCAGAUGUCCUUAUUACAAUAGCAAUAUUGAACUAUUGAGGCACAGGUCGUAUACACCGGAAUCAAUACAUUCAGACUGGGAUGAUACGGGUUUGUGUCUGGAAGCCCUGUUUGACAAGACCAGACCAGAGUCACCACAAUCAGUUUUAUCAGACUUUGUAAUUGAUAGGUUAUUUAGCAGCAGGGCGUUGUCCCCAGAGUCUGUGUCUUCUGAUUUUGACUUCUCACUCUUGCAGAACUGGUUAUCAGACUUUAGAACAUCCUCACCAGAAUCUGUUGCUUCAGCUGAAGAGCAAUGUUUUUCUCUGGAAAUUAAAUUUGCACCAAUGAAUAAUCAACAUUGUCACUAUUACUUAGAGUACACUGAAGACAGACCAAUGUCCCCUCUUUCAACAUUGUCAGAUGUUGAGUACUCCACGUUCUGUCUUGAGGAAUUGAUUGAUGACAACAGAGCAGAUUCCCCGGAUUCGUUGACUUUAGGGACUCAACCCAAUAUUACAAACAAAGCUGUGACCUCUCUGCCACUGUCUGCUGGAAGAUAUCUUAAAUAUGCAGACAUUGUGCGGGGCAAUACACAAAAUAACCAAGCUCAUGAUUUGUGCCACAUCAAAUCCUCAAGAGUGAGACCCUCUUACCUUCCCUCAUUACCGUCAGACGAAGAGUUCUACAUAGACCAUUGCAUUGAUGAGUUUAGACCACAGUCUCCAGAGUCAGUUGUAUCUCAAAGUGAACUUAGGCCCCUCUCUCCUGACUCGCCUGUUCCUGAGUUCAGAUGUCCUUUAUUCAGUUAUGAUCAGCAACUUUUGAGGCACAGGUCAUAUACACCAGAGUCAAUACAUUCAGAUUGGGAUGAUACUGGUUUGUGUCUGGAAGCCCUGUUUGACGAGACAAGACCAGAGUCACCACAAUCAGUUUUAACAGACUUUGAAAUUGAUAGGUUAUUUAGCAGCAGGGCAUUUUCCCCAGAGUCUGUUUCUUCUGAUUUUGACUUUUCACUCUUGCAGAGCUGGUUAUCAGACUUUAGAGCAUCCUCACCAGAAUCUGUAGCUUCAACUGAAGAGCAUUGUUUGUCUCCGGGAAUUAGAUUUCCACAAAUGAAUAAGAAACAUUGUAACUAUUACUUAGAGUACUCUGAAGACAGACCAAUGUCCCCUCUUUCAACAUUGUCAGAUGUUGAGUACUCCAAGUUCUGUCUUGAGGAAUUGUUUGACGACAGCAGAGCAGGUUCCCCGGAUUCGUUGACUUUAGGGACUCCACCCAAUAUUACAAACAAAGCUGUGACCUCUUUGCCACUGUCAGCUGGAAGAUAUCUUACAUAUGCAGACAUUGUGCGGGGCAAAGCACAAAAAAACCAAGCUCAUGAUAUGUGCCACAGCAAAUCCUCAGGAGUGAGACCCUCUCACCUUCCCUCAUUACCGUCAGACGACGAGUUCUACAUAGACCAUUGCAUUGAUGAGUUUAGACCACAGUCUCCAGAGUCAGUUGUAUCUCAAAGUGAACUUAGGCCCCUCUCUCCUGACUCGCCUGUUCCUCAGUUCAGAUGUCCUUAUUACAAUAGCAAUAUUGAACUAUUGAGGCACAGGUCGUAUACACCAGAAUCAAUUCAUUCAGACUGGGAUGAUACUGGUUUGUGUCUGGAAGCCCUGUUUGACGAGACCAGACCAGAGUCACCACAAUCAGUUUUAUCAGACUUUGUAAUUGAUAGGUUAUUUAGCAGCAGGGCGUUGUCCCCAGAGUCUGUGUCGUCUGAUUUUGACUUUUCACUCUUGCAUAGUUUGUUAUCAGACUUUAGAGCAUCCUCACCAGAAUCUGUAGCUUCAACUGAAGAGCAAUAUUUGUCUCUGGAAUUUAAAUUUGCACCAAUGAAUAAUCAACAUUGUCACUAUUACUUAGAGUACACUGAAGACAGACCAAUGUCCCCUCUUUCAACAUUGUCAGAUGUUGAGUACUCCACGUUCUGUCUUGAGGAAUUGAUUGAUGACAACAGAGCAGAUUCCCCGGAUUCGUUGACUUUAGGGACUCAACCCAAUAUUACAAACAAAGCUGUGACCUCUCUGCCACUGUCUGCUGGAAGAUAUCUUAAAUAUGCAGACAUUGUGCGGGGCAAUACACAAAAUAACCAAGCUCAUGAUUUGUGCCACAUCAAAUCCUCAAGAGUGAGACCCUCUUACCUUCCCUCAUUACCGUCAGACGAAGAGUUCUACAUAGACCAUUGCAUUGAUGAGUUUAGACCACAGUCUCCAGAGUCAGUUGUAUCUCAAAGUGAACUUAGGCCCCUCUCUCCUGACUCGCCUGUUCCUGAGUUCAGAUGUCCUUUAUUCAGUUAUGAUCAGCAACUUUUGAGGCACAGGUCAUAUACACCAGAGUCACUACAUUCAGAUUGGGAUGAUACUGGUUUGUGUCUGGAAGCCCUGUUUGACGAGACAAGACCAGAGUCACCACAAUCAGUUUUAACAGACUUUGAAAUUGAUAGGUUAUUUAGCAGCAGGGCAUUUUCCCCAGAGUCUGUUUCUUCUGAUUUUGACUUUUCACUCUUGCAGAGCUGGUUAUCAGACUUUAGAGCAUCCUCACCAGAAUCUGUAGCUUCAACUGAAGAGCAUUGUUUGUCUCCGGGAAUUAGAUUUCCACAAAUGAAUAAGAAACAUUGUAACUAUUACUUAGAGUACUCUGAAGACAGACCAAUGUCCCCUCUUUCAACAUUGUCAGAUGUUGAGUACUCCAAGUUCUGUCUUGAGGAAUUGUUUGACGACAGCAGAGCAGGUUCCCCGGAUUCGUUGACUUUAGGGACUCCACCCAAUAUUACAAACAAAGCUGUGACCUCUUUGCCACUGUCAGCUGGAAGAUAUCUUACAUAUGCAGACAUUGUGCGGGGCAAAGCACAAAAAAACCAAGCUCAUGAUAUGUGCCACAGCAAAUCCUCAGGAGUGAGACCCUCUCACCUUCCCUCAUUACCGUCAGACGACGAGUUCUACAUAGACCAUUGCAUUGAUGAGUUUAGACCACAGUCUCCAGAGUCAGUUGUAUCUCAAAGUGAACUUAGGCCCCUCUCUCCUGACUCGCCUGUUCCUCAGUUCAGAUGUCCUUAUUACAAUAGCAAUAUUGAACUAUUGAGGCACAGGUCGUAUACACCAGAAUCAAUUCAUUCAGACUGGGAUGAUACUGGUUUGUGUCUGGAAGCCCUGUUUGACGAGACCAGACCAGAGUCACCACAAUCAGUUUUAUCAGACUUUGUAAUUGAUAGGUUAUUUAGCAGCAGGGCGUUGUCCCCAGAGUCUGUGUCGUCUGAUUUUGACUUUUCACUCUUGCAUAGUUUGUUAUCAGACUUUAGAGCAUCCUCACCAGAAUCUGUAGCUUCAACUGAAGAGCAAUAUUUGUCUCUGGAAUUUAAAUUUGCACCAAUGAAUAAUCAACAUUGUCACUAUUACUUAAAGUACUCUGAAGACAGACCAAUGUCCCCUCUUUCAACAUUGUCAGAUGUUGAGUACUCCACGUUCUGUCUUGAGGAAUUUUUUGAUGACAGCAGAGCAGAUUCCCCGGAUUCGUUGACUUUAGGGACUCAACCCAAUAUUACAAACAAAGCUGUGACCUCUCUGCCACUGUCUGCUGGAAGAUAUCUUACAUAUGCAGACAUUGUGCAGGGCAAUACACAAAAAAAACAAGCUCAUGAUUUAUGCCACAUCAAAUCCUCAGGAGUGAGACCCUCUUACCUUCCCUCAUUACCGUCCGACGAAGAGUUCUACAUAGACCAUUGCAUUGAUGAGUUUAGACCACAGUCUCCAGAGUCAGUGGUAUCUCAAAGUGAACUUAGGCCCCUCUCUCCUGACUCGCCUGUUCCUCAGUUCAGAUGUCCUUAUUACAAUAGCAAUAUUGAACUUUUGAGGCACAGGUCAUAUACACCAGAGUCAAUACAUUCAGACUGGGAUGAUACUGGUUUGUGUCUGGAAGCCCUGUUUGACGAGACAAGACCAGAGUCACCACAGUCAGUUUUAUCAGACUUUGAAAUUGAUAGGUUAUUUCAAAGCAGGGCGUUGUCCCCAGAGUCUGUGUCUUCUGAUUUUGACUUUUCACUCUUGCAGAACUGGUUAUCAGACUUUAGAGCAUCCUCACCAGAAUCUGUAGUUUCAACUGAAGAGCAUUGUUUGUCUCCGAGAAUUAAAUUUCCACAAAUGAAUAAUCAACAUUGUAACUAUUACUUAGAGUACACUGAAGACAAACCAGGGUCCCCUCUUUCAACAUUGUCAGAUGUUGAGUACUCCACGUUCUGUCUUGAGGAAUUGUUUGACGACAACAGAGCAGAUACCCCGGAUUCGUUGACUUUAGGGACUCAACCCAAUAUUACAAACAAAGCUGUGACCUCUCUGCCACUGUCUGCUGGAAGAUAUCUUACAUAUGCAGACAUUGUGCGGGGCAAUACACAAAAUAACCAAGCUCAUGAUUUGUGCCACAUCACAUCCUCAAGAGUGAGACUCUCUUACCUUCCCUCAUUACCGUCAGACGAAGAGUUCUACAUAGACCAUUGCAUUGAUGAGUUUAGACCACAGUCUCCAGAGUCAGUUGUUUCUCAAAGUGAACUUAGGCCCCUCUCUCCUGACUCGCCUGUUCCUCAGUUCGGAUGUCCUUUAUUCAGUUAUGAUCGGGAACUGUUGAGGCACAGGUCGUAUACACCAGAGUCAAUACAUUCAGACUGGGAUGAUACUGGUUUGUGUCUGGAAGCCCUGUUUGACGAGACAAGACCAGAGUCACCACAGUCAGUUUUAUCAGACUUUGAAAUUGAUAGGUUAUUUAAAAGCAGGGCGUUGUCCCCAGAGUCUGUGUCUUCUGAUUUUGACUUUUCACUCUUGCAGAACUGGUUAUCAGACUUUAGAGCAUCCUCACCAGAAUCUGUAGUUUCAACUGAAGAGCAUUGUUUGUCUCAGAGAAUUCAAUUUCCACAAAUGAAUAAUCAACAUUGUAACUAUUACUUAGAGUACACUGAAGACAAACCAGGGUCCCCUCUUUCAACAUUGUCAGAUGUUGAGUACUCCACGUUCUGUCUUGAGGAAUUGUUUGACGACAACAGAGCAGAUACCCCGGAUUCGUUGACUUUAGGGACUCAACCCAAUAUUACAAACAAAGCUGUGACCUCUCUGCCACUGUCUGCUGGAAGAUAUCUUACAUAUGCAGACAUUGUGCGUGGCAAUACACAAAAUAACCAAGCUCAUGAUUUGUGCCACAUCACAUCCUCAAGAGUGAGACCCUCUUACCUUCCCUCAUUACCGUCAGAUGAAGAGUUCUACAUAGACCAUUGCAUUAAUGAGUUUAGACCACAGUCUCCAGAGUCAGUUGUAUCUCAAAGUGAACUUAGGCCCCUCUCUCCUGACUCGCCUGUUCCUCAGUUCGGAUGUCCUUUAUUCAGUUAUGAUCGGGAACUGUUGAGGCACAGGUCGUAUACACCAGAGUCAAUACAUUCAGACUGGGAUGAUACUGGUUUGUGUCUGGAAGCCCUGUUUGACGAGACAAGACCAGAGUCACCACAGUCAGUUUUAUCAGACUUUGAAAUUGAUAGGUUAUUUAGCAGCAGGGCGUUGUCCCCAGAGUCUGUGUCUUCUGAUUUUGACCUUUCACUCUUGCAGAGCUGGUUAUCAGACUUUAGAGCAUCCUCACCAGAAUCUGUAGCUUUAACUGAAGAGCAAUAUUUUUCUCUGGAAAUUAAAUUUGCACCAAUGAAUAAUCAACAUUGUCACUAUUACUUAGAGUACUCUGAAGACAGACCAAUAUCCCCUCUUUCAACAUUGUCAGAUGUUGAGUACUCCACGUUCUGUCUUGAGGAAUUGUUUGACGACAACAGAGCAAAUUCCCCGGAUUCAUUGACUUUAGGGAGUGAACCAAGUAUCACAAACAUAGCUGUGACUUCUCUGCCACUGUCUGCUGGAAGAUAUCUUAGAUAUGAAGAUGUUGUGCAGGGCUUCAAACAAGAAAACCAAGCUUCAUGCAUUGUCAAAACAUUUGACUUAAGGUCUUUUUACCUUCCCUCUAUAUCACCACAUGAGGAGUUAACUUUCUUUUCCAUAGACCAUUUCAUUGACGAGUUUAGACCCCAGUCUCCAGAGUCAGUGGUAUCUCAAAGUGAACUCAGGCCCCUCUCUCCUGACUCACCUGUUCCUCAGUUUAGAUAUCCAUAUUUCAGUUAUGAUAGCGAACUGUUGAGGCACAGGUCGUAUACACCAGAUUCAGUACUUUCAGACUGGGAUUGUACUGGUUUGUGUCUGGAAGCCCUGUUUGACGAGACAAGACCAGAGUCACCACAGUCAGUUUUAUCAGACUAUGAAAUUGAUAGGUUAUUUAACAGCAGGGCGUUGUCCCCAGAGUCUGUGUCUUCUGAUUUUGACUUUUCACUCUUGCAGAACUGGUUAUCAGACUUUAGAGCAUCCUCACCAGAAUCUGUAGUUUCAACUGAAGAGCAUUGUUUGUCUCCGAGAAUUAAAUUUCCGCAAAUGAAUAAUCAACAUUGUAACUAUUACUUAGAGUACACUGAAGACAAACCAGGGUCCCCUCUUUCAACAUUGUCAGAUGUUGAGUACUCCACGUUCUGUCUUGAGGAAUUGUUUGACGACAACAGAGCAGAUACCCCGGAUUCGUUGACUUUAGGGACUCAACCCAAUAUUACAAACAAAGCUGUGACCUCUCUGCCACUGUCUGCUGGAAGAUAUCUUACAUAUGCAGACAUUGUGCGGGGCAAUACACAAAAUAACCAAGCUCAUGAUUUGUGCCACAUCACAUCCUCAAGUGUGAGACCCUCUUACCUUCCCUCAUUACCGUCAGACGAAGAGUUCUACAUAGACCAUUGCAUUGAUGAGUUUAGACCACAGUCUCCAGAGUCAGUUGUUUCUCAAAGUGAACUUAGGCCCCUCUCUCCUGACUCGCCCGUUCCUCAGUUCGGAUGUCCUUUAUUCAGUUAUGAUCGGGAACUGUUGAGGCACAGGUCGUAUACACCAGAGUCAAUACAUUCAGACUGGGAUGAUACUGGUUUGUGUCUGGAAGCCCUGUUUGACGAGACAAGACCAGAGUCACCACAGUCAGUUUUAUCAGACUUUGAAAUUGAUAGGUUAUUUAAAAGCAGGGCGUUGUCCCCAGAGUCUGUGUCUUCUGAUUUUGACUUUUCACUCUUGCAGAACUGGUUAUCAGGCUUUAGAGCAUCCUCACCAGAAUCUGUAGUUUCAACUGAAGAGCAUUGUUUGUCUCCGAGAAUUAAAUUUCCACAAAUGAAUAAUCAACAUUGUAACUAUUACUUAGAGUACACUGAAGACAAACCAGGGUCCCCUCUUUCAACAUUGUCAGAUGUUGAGUACUCCACGUUCUGUCUUGAUGAUUUUUUUGACGACAGCAGAGCAGAUUCCACGGAUUCGUUGACUUUAGGGACUCAACCCAAUAUUACAAACAAAGCUGUGACCUCUCUGCCACUGUCUGCUGGAAGAUAUCUUACAUAUGCAGACAUUGUGCGGGGCAAUACACAAAAUAACCAAGCUCAUGAUUUAUGCCACAUCAAGUCCUCAGGAGUGAUACCCUCUUACCUUCCCUCAUUACCGCAAGACGAAGAGCUCUACAUAGACCAUUGCAUUGAUGAGUUUAGACCACAGUCUCCAGAGUCAGUUGUUUCUCAAAGUGAACUUAGGCCCCUCUCUCCUGACUCGCCCGUUCCUCAGUUCGGAUGUCCUUUAUUCAGUUAUGAUCGGGAACUGUUGAGGCACAGGUCGUAUACACCAGAGUCAAUACAUUCAGACUUGGAUGAUACUGGUUUGUGUCUGGAAGCCCUGUUUGAUGAGACAAGACCAGAGUCACCACAGUCAGUUUUAUCAGACUUUGAAAUUGAUAGGUUAUUUAAAAGCAGGGCGUUGUCCCCAGAGUCUGUGUCUUCUGAUUUUGACUUUUCACUCUUGCAGAACUGGUUAUCAGGCUUUAGAGCAUCCUCACCAGAAUCUGUAGUUUCAACUGAAGAGCAUUGUUUGUCUCCGAGAAUUAAAUUUCCACAAAUGAAUAAUCAACAUUGUAACUAUUACUUAGAGUACACUGAAGACAAACCAGGGUCCCCUCUUUCAACAUUGUCAGAUGUUGAGUACUCCACGUUCUGUCUUGAUGAUUUUUUUGACGACAGCAGAGCAGAUUCCCCGGAUUCGUUGACUUUAGGGACUCAACCCAAUAUUACAAACAAAGCUGUGACCUCUCUGCCACUGUCUGCUGGAAGAUAUCUUACAUAUGCAGACAUUGUGCGGGGCAAUACACAAAAAAAACAAGCUCAUGAUUUAUGCCACAUCAAGUCCUCAGGAGUGAUACCCUCUUACCUUCCCUCAUUACCGUCAGACGAAGAGCUCUACAUAGACCAUUGCAUUGAUGAGUUUAGACCACAGUCUCCAGAGUCAGUGGUAUCUCAAAGUGAACUUAGGCCCCUCUCGCCUGACUCGCCUGUUCCUCAGUUCAGAUGUCCUUUUUUCAGUUAUGAUCGGGAACUGCUGAGGCACAGGUCAUAUACACCAGAGUCAAUACAUUCAGAUUGGGAUGAUACUGAUUUGUGUCUGGAAGCCCUGUUUGACGAGACCAGACCAGAGUCACCACAGUCAGUUUUAUCAGACUUUGAAAUUGAUAGGUUAUUUAGCAGCAGGGCGUUGUCCCCAGAGUCUGUUUCUUCUGAUUUUGACUUUUCACUCUUGCCGAACUGGUUAUCAGACUUUAGAGCAUCCUCACCAGAAUCUGUAGCUUCAACUGAAGAGCAAUAUUUUUCUCUUGGGAUCCCACAUUCUACUGAACUCUCUUCAUCAGUUCAAAAGUCAGAGAGAAAACUCAACCAAAGAAAACUUGUUUCAUGUGAAUCCAUGUCAUUAGGCUCCAAGCCAUUAAUUAAAGAAUUUCGAGUUGGACAAAAGCCUUUAUUCAACAACUUGAUGUCACAUUUACAUGAUCCUUUGUAUAAGGGAGAAUGUUCUUGCAGUGAGAUAUGUUUAGUCAAAUCUUCCCUAAAAAAACAUUCAUGUUUUGUCAAAUUAACAUCACUAGCACAAACUGACAUGUCUGCCACCACAAUUUCAGACAACAUUUCAAGGCUUACACAUAUCACAUCAGAAGACAAAAGAGAUGAUGCAAUAUCAGGUUCAUUUUCUCCAACAGGUCAAAGCCAUCUACACAUAAGGUCAACAACAGCCGACACAAUAUCCACAAGUCCUCAAGAGCAAGCAGAUGAAUCUGAACUAAUUGAGACUCCUUUAUCUUCAGAAUGUAUACCACAGUCACGUGAAACAUUACAGUUGGAUAAUCAAAGUCCUUCCAAUGUCACUUAUAUGAGACCACCUUCUCCAGAAUCAUAUUCCUCAUAUGCUGAGUUCACCGCCCUUUCUCCCUUGCAUUUGUCUGAAAAUAGAUCCAUUCAAUCUGAUUUCAUACCACUGGAGAGAGAUUGUACUGAUUCUUGUUUUGACAAUUUUUUUGUUGAGAUCAGACCAGAUUCACCUGAUUCCAUUGUGUUGGAUUAUGAAUUUCAUGAGUCUUUCAACAGGGAGCCGAUUACAUCAGAUUUUGCGUACACACAGUCAUUCCUUCAACACUGGCUGUCUGAGUUAGGACCUUGUACCCCUCAAUAUCUUGAAGGAGAAUUAGAUGAAGUAUUAAACCAGCUGCCAUGUGGGCAAAGUGACCCUGAUGCCACUGUUUCUGAAGACAAUAAGAUUACAUCUAAGCAACUCUCAGGCACUUCAUUGGAACACAAAGGUGAUCCAGUCUAUGAAGAGAAAUGUGCCUGUGAUACGAAGAAUUAUUCUGAAGAGGCAGCUGAUGUUUUGUCUGAAAAGGCUUCUGAUCAAAACAAAUUUGAAGAUUUAGAAGUCAGCAUGGGGAAUCCACCUUGCCCAACCAAACCAUGUCAUUUUUAAAAGUACCACAAUAGACUCAUUGCAGUCAUUGCAGGAUUCUUCACUAUCCCAUUCGGAAUAAGCUGACACAGGAUCCAUACUUCCAUCUUAAAACACAGACACAGUAUUUUUUAUCAGCCCCCCCCCCACCACCACAGGACAUCAAACAACUUAGAUUAGACCAUGUCACUUCAAAAAGUAUUCACCAUUUUAGUUUUGAGUUGAGUCACAUUCCAUCUGUAGAGCCAAAAUCUGGAUUUCAUCAUGCUGUCUGGCUUGAGGAGGAUUUCAAUGAACACACCCAUGUUAAGAGAGAUCAGAGAAACGAAGAACACUUAAAUGGACGGACACUGAAACACAAUUUAAGGCAACAACCUACCCAAGAUUUGAUUUCCAAGAACAUGCAAAGAAAAACCCAUGAAUGAGGACGAGAGCAAGAGUUCCAUGGUGUCGGUAUCAACAGCUUCUUUCAAGACCGAUCUUUCAGAACAAGAAAAAAAUGUUGAUGUAGGACAGAGUCAGGUCUUUCCAACCGAGCAGCCACCCUUGAUUGAUUCAAAUGAUUCAGACACAAUUCCCACUCAAAAACUAG